AGCGAGUCGACGAGCUAUCGGACGAACCCGUGACAGCGUACCUGGCUGGAGUCAACCUCAGCACCUCCUGGCCCGUACUAGCAGACGAGUGGAACGAGAGCGACUUCCGACUGACGGAGCUGCUAGCGCGUCUGCGACGUGACGCCGCAUCCGUUAUAUACCACGUGGCCGUCGUCACCGACAAUCGCAACUCCACCAGACACAUUCUCGCCAUCGACCAGGCCAGUCUUGGCCUCUCUAGAAAAUACCUGCUGGACACCGAGCAGUUCGAAAAGUACGUGAACUCGUACAGACAGUACAUGGAACAGGUCGCUGGCAUACUCCGUGCAAGUGACAAUGUGACGAACGUGACGUCAGAGAUCCAGCAGAUCAUUGACUUUGAAACGGAUCUCGCAAACGUAACAUUAGAAGAUAACAGUAGGCGGAAUAGAACCCGGCUGUAUAACCUCCGUACGGUGCGUAACGUCACCGCCUCGUUCUCAGCGUCGGUGCAAGGUGUACAAGCCGAGUCCCCGCGGUGGCUGACCUGCAUGGGCAUCACAUUAAGACGCCUGCCCAUGGCCAUGGGUUACAUCUACGUGAAUCGCACCUUCUCAGAGCAAAGCAAAGUCACCGCGCUCGAAUUAAUACGGGAGAUUAAGGAGUCGUUCAAGCAACGUGUCGCCACUGUUGAAUGGAUGUCCGACAAGACAAAACGGGCUGCGAUUGAGAAGAUUGACGCUGUUAUAGACAAGAUCGGAUAUCCAGAUUUCAUACGCAACCUCACGCUACUCGAUCAACGCUACGACAGAAAUCCCGUACGUGUCUAA